CCGGGGUUACGUUCUCGCGAUAAAUUCUGUAACGCAUUAGCAAAGUUUAGCAACUAAAACCUUCUGAUGUCUAGAAUAUUGAUUGAUUUCUGUUUAUUUUUCACACUAUGAUCUGGUGACUUUAGUCUGAAAUGGCUUAAAAAACAUUCCAGUUUGUCCAACUUGUGAAACGGGAAGAUUAACGGCUAACAAUGAUUGAACCAGAGAUAUUAACUGAAGUCCCAGCAGCUCUGAAGCGGCUUGCUAAGCAGGUUGUAAGGGGUUUUUAUGGAAUAGAACAUGCCUUAGCUCUGGACGUACUGAUACGUAACCCAUGUGUCAGAGAGGAGGACAUGCUGGAGCUCCUAAAGUUCGACCGGAAGCAGCUGCGUUCUGUGCUCAACACCCUAAAGGCAGACAAGUUUGUCAAGUGCCGAAUGAGAGUAGAGACGGCGCCUGAUGGCAAGACAACCCGCCACAACUACUAUUUCAUUAACUACAGGGUGCUGGUUAAUGUAGUGAAGUACAAGCUGGAUCACAUGCGACGACGAAUUGAGACAGACGAGCGGGACUCAACCAACCGGGCCUCCUUCAGAUGCCCCUGCUGCUUCUCCACUUUUACGGAUCUGGAAGCCAAUCAGCUUUUCGAUCCUAUGACAGGUAUGUUUCGCUGCACCUUUUGUCAGACUGAGGUAGAAGAAGAUGAAUCGGUGUGCCCUGAUGCCAGAACACUUGUGGCCCGCUUUAAUGAGCAGAUCGAGCCCAUCUACGCACUCCUACGCGAAACCGAAGAUAUUAACUUGUCCCAUGACCUGCUGGAGCCGGAGCCCACUGAGAUCCCUGCUCUCAAACAGAGUCGUGAGCGAGCUGCAGCUGCUGCAGGAAAUGCUGCAGGUGGACAACAUCGUGAAGCCUGGUCUAACAAAGGAUCAUCCUACAGUGAUUUGUACAUCCAAAAUGUGGUCAUCAGUAUGGAAGAGCAGGAUGAGCAAAAGAAGCAAAUCAAUGAAGGCAAACCCCCUAAGGAACAGCCUGUGUGGUUGACUCAGAGUACAGUGAAGGGUGCUUACAGCGAGCCUGAAGCUCUUCGGAGCCGUGGCAACGCUGUACCCGGUUCUCAGGAUGGUGCGGCUGGUCACGGAGCAGGCCAGGCAGAUGAAAAUGAGGAAGUGAUGCGCGCCCUGCUCAUCCACGAGAAGAAGGCUGUUGCAGGAGCAGGUGUGGGCGGAGCGAGUGCCGCUGCCAGGGGUCUUGCCUCUGCAACAGCUAAUGCUAGUGACUCAGAGAGUGACACUAGUGAAUCAGAGGACGAACUCCCGUCAGGUCCUACUACUGCCACAGUUUCUCAGCAUCGUGCUGCUGAAGAGGAUGACGACGAUGACUUUGAGGAAGUAGGGGAUGAGCCGAUGGUGAUGGUGGGAGGUCGGCCGUUCUCAUACAGGGAGGUGAGCCAAAGGCCUGAGCUGGUGGAGCAGAUGUCUGUGCAGGAAAAGGAGGCAUACAUUGAGAUGGGACAAAACCUCUUCCAAGACAUGUUCUUCUAAAGACGCACCAAAUUUUAAAUGCUGUAAUUUACCUACGAUUGUUGACUGAUGCCUCUGUUGUCUUACACUGUCAGAGGAAAACUAAUAAAGAGGAAACAGGAUGCUGCUCCAUAUGCUUUGAUGUCUGUCAUUAAAACAGCUAAUGUUUGCCCAGUCAGUAUUGUUUCCAGCUCUGAUAUUUUAAUAUUCCUUUCUGGAGUGUUUUUUUUCUUUUUCUAAAGUUACCACACCAAAGAACAACAGAUAACUUGCAGUCUGCCAACCUUGCUUCUUUUUUUUUUAUCCCAGUCAGUUUCAAUUUAAUAAAAUAUUUCUGUUCUUUGUCAACAAACGUUUUAGACUAGUUUAUUCAUUUCAUGGACAGAUGGAACAUAACAUUUAUUUUAAUGGAUUCAGCUGUCUACGUUUGGGCAUAUAUCUCCAUGUCUCCAGUCAGUUGUGUUGAAUGGGCAUAAUUGCAUUGAUUGUCUGAGAACUGGUGAAAGAUAUGAGCACUUCACAGUGCGGGGGUAGGGUACUGAAACACUGAACAAGCUCCUGCUGCUUUCAUUAUCCUGCUCAGAUGAUGUGAAUCAAAUAUUCAACUCAUCAAAAGGCUUGGUCUGAAAUCUUAUCUCAGGCAAAAAAACUGCAAAGGAAGGUGAUCUUGGUUCAUUUGUGUGGUUAACAGUGGAACAUUUGUAACUUGGGGAAUCUGUAAUAAAAUGAUAUUGCCACACUGCCUAAA